AUGAAAUAAAAGCUAUGGGUGGCUAUUCCUAAUGAAUUGAAGUGGAAAAAUGACAAGCCUCUAUUGAAAUCCGAAUUCUAAAAGGCAAACAAAAAGUCCAGAUACUUGAUCGGUUAUGAUCAUUACAUUCUAAUUACGAAAGUAUGAUAAAUUAACAUUAUAAUAAAGAAACUUGAGGAUCCUCCAUCAAAAUAUCUCAAAUUAGACUUUGAGACUAAAUUUGAGGUUGUCAGAACAGCAGUUUAAAAGAAGGAUGAAGAUGAUGAUUCCUUGGGUACAAUCAUAGGUAUGAUUCUGAUGAGAGAUCACGGGAAAGAUCAAAUGCCUAGUUAUAAACUAUCAGCAAAUGAAAAAGUGAUAGCACAAUGGAGAGAGUUUUUUUAGCCCAGAAUUAAUUAAUGGUAAUUUCAUCAUCUUUUCAGAGUUUUUAAGAAAAUUGGAAAAGGCAAUUUUGCCUCUGUAAUUAAUCCCCUUAAUUUAGGUUUACUUGGGAGAACGCAUAGAGGACAAUGCUUAAAUGGCUAUAAAAGCGUUUUCAAAAUAAGCCGCCUAUGCUGAAGAUCAUGGAAAAGAGGCUAUCGUGAAUGAACUAACAAUUAUGAGAAAGCUAAACAACCAUCAUCUUAUGAGAAUGCAUGAGAUUUACGAAACGCAAAACUCACUCUACGUUGCGCUUGAGUUAUUAGAAGGUGGCUCAUUGUAUGAUCUGAUCAAAGAUAAAGUCAUAUUAACUACAAAACAAAUGUAAUAAAUUUUGGUAGGUGUCCUAUAAGGAUUGUGUCAUAUGCAUGAAAAAGAUAUAAUGCAUAGAGACUUAAAGUUAGAAAACAUUUUAUUCAAAUAACCAAAGUAAGAAUUUUCAUAAAUUCAUUAUUAGGAAAAUGGAAACAGUGGUUGUGGCAGAUUUUGGAUUGGCCACUCAUGUCAAUGAACCAGCUUAUUUAUAUUGUCGAUGUGGAACUCCUGGGUAUGUUGCUCCUGAAGUUAUAAAUAUCAAGGAUAUGAAAGCCCAUUAUAGUUCUGUUUGUGAUAUCUACAGUUUCGGGUUGGUCUUUUAUUUAUUGUUAACUGGCAAACCUGCCUUCCCUGGAAAGAGUUACAGCACUGUUGUCAAACAAAAUAGAGAGGCUACAAUUGAUUUCACAAUAAAAUACUUACAAAAUGCACCUCAAACUGCCAUUGAUUUAUUAAAAAGAAUGCUUGAAAAGGAUCCUGCAAAAAGAAUAACUGCAAAAUAAUGUCUUGAACAUCCUUAUUUAGCUGAAAUGAAUUAAAUAAUGUUGGAUGACCAUUCAAAUGAUUUCAUAGAUGAAGGAGAGGAAAAUGAUUUGGGAAUGAGAAUGAAUGCUUUAAAUGAAGAGUAAGUGAUUAUUAAAUUAAUUUAGAUCUGCCAUUUUUGAUGCUGCAAGAAAAAAUCAAUUGCUUAAUUCUCCUUAAUCCUCUCCAGGUUUGGCUACUAAGUAAUUAAAGCAUUAAAAGAAUAUUGAUUCUUCUAAUUAAGUAUAAAUGAAUUCACCUCUACUGACAGGUAAAACUGACAGUGUAGACAGUAUUUCUAACAUUGGAGUGACUUAAAAGAAAUAGUAAAAUAACUUUUAAGCCUCCCCCCAAAUUAAGCCUUCCCGUUUUAAACAGUAUGAAUUCUUAUUUAAACUUUUAGAAAUAUCCCAUAAAAAAAACAAGAAAACCCAUUAUUAAAAUAUACUUAAAAGAGAGAAUGAAAAUGAAG